AUGGAUAUGUUAAACAGCGUGCUGAAUCUGUUUGUGCCGCCGGCAAGCCUGGUGAUGCUGGCCUUCGCCUGGCCGGCUCUCACCUUCAUUAACACCUGUGAAUGGGUAUACAACUCCUACUUCCUCGAAUCUGACCAGCUUAUGCACAACAAGGUCGUCGUCAUCACCGGAGCUUCUUCCGGCAUUGGAGAGCAAAUUGCAUACGAAUAUGCGAAGAGGGGGGCAAUUCUUGUAUUGGUGGCACGUAGAGAACAAAGGCUGAGAGCAAUAAGUGAGAAUGCUAGAAGGCUUGGGUCGCCCAAUGUAAUGAUAGUGGCUGCCGAUGUUGUCAAAGAGGACGACUGCAGGAGAUUUAUCAACGAAACUAUUAACCAAUAUGGUCGCGUGGAUCAUCUGGUGAAUUCUGCAAGUUUAGGUCAUACUUUCUACUUUGAGGAGGCCACAGACACCAAUAUCUUCCCUAUUCUAAUGGACAUAAACUUCUGGGGUAAUGUUUAUCCGACCCACGUAGCACUUCCAUACCUACGUGAAUCCAACGGUCGUGUCAUUGUCAAUGCAUCUGUCGAGAACUGGCUACCUUUACCUCGGAUGAGCUUAUACGCUGCGGCAAAAUCAGCUCUGAUAAACUUUUACGAGACACUACGGUUUGAAGUGAAGGACGAGGUUGGAAUUACAGUCGCGACGCAUGGUUGGAUCGGAACUGAGAUGUCGAGAGGAAAAUUCAUGGUGGAAGAAGGCGCAGAGAUGCAAUGGAAGGAAGAAAGAGAAGUGGAGGCAUCGGGUGGUCCGGUGGAGGAGUUUGCGAGGAUGAUAGUGGCGGGCGCUUGCAGAGGCGAUCCGUACGUGAAGUAUCCGAGCUGGUACGACAUUUUCUUCUUGUAUAGGGUGUUUGCACCCAAGGUCCUCUACUGGACGUUCCAGUUUCUCCUAACUGGUGGCGGAGCACGGCGCACCUCUUUCAUCGGAACGGGUAGGCCCCUUAUAGAAGCCUCCCCGACGAUGAUGAGGCGGCGAGUAAUCGACCACCAGAGAGUUGAGUGA